UCAUUCUAUUCACUCACAGAAGGGGGAGGAGAGCAAACAUGGCGGCCGGGUACGCAUGGUUCCUUGUGCUGGGCUCGGUUUUUCUUUGCAACCUCAUGAAAACACUCCUGCCCUCCAUUUCCUCUUUUCUCACAAAGAUGGUGCAGAAAGAUGCUGAGCAGGAGAGUGAGAUGAGAACUGAAAUCCAGGAGAUGAAGAAGGAGCAGUCCUGCAUCAGCAUGAUGGAUGAAUUUGCUAGAUAUGCCAGACUGGAGCGCAAAAUCAACAAAAUGACGGACAAGCUGAAAACACAUGUGAAAUCAAGAACUGCACAACAAGCCAAAAUGAAGUGGGUGGUGAACAUUGUCUUUUAUAUACUGCAGGCUGCUCUGAUGAUCUCUUUGAUAUGGAAGUAUUACUCUGAUCCAGUGACGGUGAUCCCCAGUCGAUGGAUUGCCCCAGUGGAACGCUUGGUGGCUUUCCCAACAGGAGUGGCAGGUGGAGUGGGAAUCACAUGCUGGCUGGUAGUUUGCAACAAAGUAGUUACACUUGGUCUUUCGGCCAUGGGCUAGAGAUUAAAGCUGUGGUCACAACCAUUUAAGACACAGUUUUCUUAAAUUAUUGUGAAACAUUUUGUUGAUGAAAGCUUUGUUUUGUUAGGUUAUUAUUUUUGUUGGUCAACGUGUGAAAAUGCAGUGCAUUUUGUUGUUGGCCAUCUCAUGUAACAUGAUACAUUUUUGUUGUUGAAUUAUGUUAGGCUAAUUUAUUUUGAAGAUGUGAAAAUGUUUUUGUUCAUGUAUUUGUUCAAAAUGUAAUUGGAAAUAUUGAAAUGUGUUUUUAAUAAAAUAUAUCAAAAGAAAACUGA